CGUAGAUGUAGAGGCGAUUCAUACACACACGCACACGGCGCGUGACAGUGUGUUAGCGCCGCGUCUGACGGGAGUUUGGAGCGGGACAAUACGGAGGUUGGAGGGGGUUAAAGGUCUCAGCUGCUCCUCCUACUGAAGUGAAGGCGCCAGAGCUCAGAGGAACCAGCUUCACUCACUCACUCACAUCCACAGAGAAACGAGCCAAAGAGCGGCCCCGUUUGUGACGAACAGGCGGGAAAGACUUUUACACAACAUCCACCUUUUAUUUCGUCUCCUUCUUCCUUCUCCUUCUUGUGGAUACGAGUGAACUUCAAGGACACAACAGUCUUGAGGUUUGCUCUGAAGUCUUGACGUCGAGCCCUCAGAGUAUAAUGCGAGGAAAAUGGGAAGAAGACGCAGAACAGAAGUCUGUUGCUCCCGAGGCGGCCCAAGAAAACACCGUACGACCGAGGAAGAGGAAGGCAGAUGUUGCCAUUUAUUUACAGGAUGUGGAUGAGGAGGUCGCAGAGAUGACGAGGAAGAAGCAGCGCGACUGUGAGCAGGUCUGGAGUCCUGGUGCUGGCUGCAGAAGUCCACACCGGUGGAUCCCCACGCCCGACCAGGAGGAGGACCAGCCCGUGACUCUGAUCAACGCGGGCGGCUUCCCUCUCUACAACUUCAGCAACGUGUUUGCGACGCCCGUGCACUGCGCCCCACUUCCUGCACUGUGCUGGGCCAGUAAGGACGUGGUGUGGAGCAACAUGCUGGCCAAGGAUAAGACCUACACCAGAGACGUCCACGUGAUGGACAAACAUCCGCACCUGCAGCCAAAGAUGAGGGCGAUUCUCCUGGACUGGCUCAUGGAGGUGUGUGAAGUGUACAAACUGCACAGAGAGACGUAUCACCUGGCUCAGGACUACUUUGACCGCUUCAUGGCCACACAGAGAAACGUCUUCAAGUCCACGCUGCAGCUCAUCGGCAUCACGUGUCUCUUCAUCGCUGCGAAAGUGGAGGAAAUGUAUCCUCCCAAAGUCCAUCAGUUUGCCUACGUUACUGAUGAAGCCUGCACUGAAGACGAGAUUCUCAGCAUGGAAAUCAUCAUUAUGAAGGAGCUGCAGUGGAGUCUCAGUCCACAGACGCCCGUCUCCUGGCUCAACGUUUACAUGCAGGUGGCUUAUCUGAAGGAGACGGACGACCUGCUCAUCCCCAGAUACCCACAGGCCACGUUCACUCAGAUCGCUGAGGUAAGUUGUUGUCUUUGUUUGUCUG